AUGAAGCUAGUAGGAAUAACUGGUGGAGUAUGCACAGGCAGCAGCACAGUUAUUGAGUACAUUGAAGAAAAAGGAUUUUCUGUUGUAAAAAAGAAGGAAAUUUGGGAGCACUUGCACACAAUAAAAGGCCUGCAAAAAAAUAACCUUCCCGUAGACAUUUUUGUUAACGAAAAGCUUAGAUCCUUAGUGAAGCCACAUGUGAUUGAGUACAUUAAGACAAGGCAGAGCUUCUUCAGGCUCUCAUGCAAGUCUGUGCUUUUUAUUGACCUUCCCUUUCUAUUUGAAUGCGAACUGGAGGAGUACUUUACUAGCACAGUGGUAGUAACAUGCGGCCCAAAGACCCAGGAAGAGAGAGUCCAUAAGAAAUACAGCGCAGACAGCGCCACAUCUGCCCCACACAAGUCCGGCAAGUCUCUUUCAUUGGAAAGCAUAAAGAAAAUUAUACAGAGUGAGAUGCCUCUUUCAGAAAAAAGAAAGAAAUGCACAUAUGUCAUAGACAAUAAUAAAGGAAUAGAGAACACAUACUGCCAAAUAGACAGCCUUCUUCGCAAAUUCGGAAGAUACUCCUAUUUCUACGUAUUUAUUGUCGUUGUGGCAUUCACGUCAAUCAUACUUCCUAUUCUUAUUAGGUACAAAGAGAAGACCCAGGAGAUCAACGUACAGAUAAAGGCAGCCAUAGAAAAGCUGCGCAAGAAAAUCAAGAGGCUUGGGUACUAA